CCACUUCAAAGAAGAAUCUCCUUCCUUCCUUUCUCUUCUUUCCCAAACCAUUUUUCCUUCUCUUUAAAACUCUCCACCUUCUCCCUCUACUCCUGCCUCUGUAAUUUAUUGAGAUCUGACAAUCUUCAUCUCUGCACCACUCCCUGUGAAGUCAUGGGUAUGAUUUCUCCUUACUCCCAUCAUUCCCACAUUACUGUUAUUCUCAUCCCUUUCUUCCUUCCUUCAUAAAUUCUGCAUCCAUCCCCACUUGCUGUGCUUCUCACUAUAAAUGUUCUUUGCCCCUGAAACUCUAGAUUCCCAAAGAUCAUUUAUCCUCGCCCUCUAGUUUCUGUGUCCAUGGCUGGUCCUAACAGGCUUUUUGCUUCCUCAAAUCUCACAGCUUUUCUUCAGAACGAAAGCCUUCCUUCUUCUUCUCAUGUUCUUGACCCUUUCUUGCUUCACCACUCUGACCCUUCCUUUCAAGGUUCAAAACCUCUAAUCGAUUUCGAGAAUGUUAGUGGAAGCACAGUCACAGAAUUGCCAUUCUUCCAAGGUCUGGACAAAGAAGAGAACACAGAAGAGGAAUACGAUGCGUGCUUUCAUCAACCAGGGAAGAAGAGGAGGCUCACAAGCCAACAAGUACAGUUCCUUGAGAAGAACUUCGAGUUAGAAAACAAGCUGGAACCAGAAAGAAAAGUUCAACUCGCUAAAGAACUGGGGUUGCAGCCAAGGCAAGUCGCUAUCUGGUUUCAGAACAGAAGAGCUCGGUUCAAAACCAAACAGCUCGAAAAAGACUAUAUAACCUUAAAAUCUAGCUAUGACAAACUCAAAGGUGACCAUGACACUCUCCUUCACCAGAAUGAGGAGUUAAAAGAAGAGGUGAAUUCUCUGAAGAACAGGUUGAUCGGGAGAGAUGAUAAAGAGAAAGAAGAGAAUUAUGAGAAGUGUGUUGAUGUUUUGAUGAUCUCAAAUAAUAAUAAUAAUAAUGGGGCUUCUUCUGAAGAUGGGUCAAAAGUUGAAAAGGUUCCAACAGUAAUAUGCAAACAAGAAGAUGCCAAUUCUGCUAAAAGUGAUGUGUUUGAUUCAGAUAGCCCACACCACACUGCAGAUUCCUCCCAUGCCUACGAAGCAGAGCACUCAGAUUUCUCACAGGACGAAGAAGACAACCUGAUGAGUCAUAACCUCGUGAAUCUCCCACCGUGCUUACCAAAGGUUGAAGAAGAGCCCUGUAACUUCGGAUUCCCAUAUGAAGAUCAACCCUUCUGUUUUUGGUCUUAUUAAUUAAGUAGUAAUAAUUGAAUUACUUAGUUGUAACUCUGUACUACAAGCAAUGAGAAUAAUGGCAUCAUCAUCAAUCUGAGAUAUAUCCUGGUUUUCAAAAA